CCCUACUUCAUCACCCUGGGCACUGAGCUGGCCCAGCAGCAGCAGCAGAAGCAGCAGCCCGGGAGCAGCAGCAACAAUGGGGGCCAGCAGCAAGCCAUGUCCCUGGCCAUCCUCAGAGUCAUCCGCCUGGUCAGAGUCUUCAGGAUCUUCAAGUUGUCCAGGCACUCCAAGGGGCUGCAGAUCUUGGGGAAGACUCUCCAGGCCAGCAUGAGGGAGCUGGGCCUCCUCAUCUUCUUCCUCUUCAUUGGGGUGAUCCUCUUCUCCAGUGCUGUCUACUUUGCAGAGACUGAUGACCCCGACUCCCUGUUCACCAGCAUCCCUGAUGCUUUUUGGUGGGCGGUGGUGUCCAUGACCACCGUGGGCUAUGGGGACAUGUAUCCCAUGACAAUUGGUGGCAAGAUUGUGGGCUCCUUGUGUGCCAUCGCGGGUGUGCUCACCAUUGCCCUCCCGGUCCCUGUCAUCGUGUCCAACUUCAACUACUUCUACCACCGAGAGACUGAUCACGAAGAGCAGUGCCAGUACACCCAUGUCACCUGUGGCCAGCAGCAGUCACCCUUCUCUGAGCCCAAGAAGGGGGACAGUAAUCAGUCUCUCAGCAAAUCUGAAUUCCUGGAAGCAGAAGACCUGGAGUCCAUGAAAUAUUCCAACUUCAUUCCUCCCAACAACCAGGGUUAUAAAGAGAAGAAAAUGCUGACAGAGGUGUGAUCGGUUUUGUUACCCUGGGUCCAGAAAUGGAGCUGCAAGCUGCUGCACAGCCGUCUUCCUACUAGCAGCUGGAUCUAUUCAGCAUUUACAUGCCAGACUGUGAAUUGUGAUACCGUAAACAGAAUGAUUGUGAUAAUGGGCUCUUCUGUCCCGAUUUGCUGUUUCUCAUUACCGUGUGCAGCCAGAAAUGUUCUUGCUUUGUUCCGUGGAGCGCUAGCUGUCAUCCCCGCCUCCCUCGUGAAUUUCUUUGAAGACUGCUUUCAUCCAACAUUUGCUCUGAAACCGAGCCUUUCUACUCCACUAGCAGAGAAGCCCUUGCCACUACUUCAGCUGAAGGAUUCAGCGGGGAGUAAACAGUUAAAGGGCUACAAACAUCUGGCUCUAGCCGUGCCCUUAGCUCCUGUGCCAGCGCAGUGCCCUUGGCUGUGGACUCAGUCACGCCUGCCAUGCCAUCGCCUUUGAAUAAUGGAAACGCUGCAGCCAGCAUCACAGGGAGUUCUGCAGCUGUAGGGGACAGUCAGCAAGCAGAUGCCUGCCUUCUUUGCAACCCUUGGCAUGCUAAAGAUCCUCUUGGUUUGUGUUUCAAACAA